AACAGAGUUACAAUUACACCCCCUCUCAGCCUUCAGCCUUGUAGAUAUAAUAAACCGCACCCUGACUUCAUCCUCACCACCAUCAACAAUACCAACCACCUCAACAUUCCACAUCUACUCCAUAACCAGAACCCAUAAAAAAUAAAUAAGAGGAAAAAAAAAAAAAAAGUCCACAAUGACAAACAAAUACCUCUCCUCCCUCCAACGCGACGGCUACGUCCUCAUCCCGUCCCUCUUCGCCCCCACCGAAAUCACCAACCUCCGCAAUACCGCCUCCCGCGCCGCAAGCCUCGCCCGCACUGGCUCAUGGCCGCACUUCCGUACCGUCCCUAAGCAAUUUCCUCCAUGGCCAAAGGAGCCCCCACCGGCCGAGGAGGGCGGUAUUUGGGGCGUGCAGCAUCUGCUGCAUCCUGAGGUUGAGGGGCGGAGUGAGUUUGCGGGUGUAUACUUUUCGGAAAAGGUGUUGGGGAUUGUGGAGAAGUUGCUCUUACCGGACGGCGAUAAGGGAGAAGGGGAGGCGCUUGUUAUGGAGUUAUUUAAUAUGCUCGUCGCGCCUGAAGCGAGGGAUUUUGAACUGCGCUGGCACAGAGAUGAUAUCCCCGAAACUGCAUCGGCGGAGGAAGAAGAGCGUUUGCUUCAGGCUAAAUCCCCGCAGGGCAGACAAUCGCAUGCGCAAUAUAACCUUGCGCUCUGUCCCGAUGCCUCCCUAGUCGUCGUGCCGGGUUCCCAUCGCCGGGUACGCACUGAAACCGAGCGUAACGCCGCGCCCUAUGAGCCCUCUCUACCCGGACAGAAGAUCGUGGAGCUGCAGCCUGGCGAUGCUGUGUUUUAUGAUAGUAAUAUCCUGCAUCGCGGGGUGUAUAAGGGCAAGCUGGCUGGGGGUGCGGAGACGCGGUUGACGCUGCAUGGGAGUGUUGGGUUGAAGGCUGCUGGGGGCCAGAAGGUGAGGGCGACGGCGGUGUUGCAGCAUGGUGUUGGCGCGUGGGUGUAUCGGGAGGAUGCGGCGUUUGGGGUGGGUGAGAGAGCUGAGCGGAUGAGGGCGAAUCUGGUGGCUAUGGGGACAGGGGAGGGCGUUGGGUAUUCGUUGCAAGGGUAGCUUACUGUCUAGAACCUGAAUAUAUGAUGAGCCAUGAAUGCAUUGAUUCAAUUCUACCAGACAGCAGCCGGGGU